UGGCUUCGCCAAUGGAUGCCAGGCAGGAGGAGACGCCAUUUUGAUAUACGGGCGCACGUCAAGCGUUCGCUCGUAGGGAAACGCGGUCUCGAGUCGGUCUGCCGCUUCGCGUAGGACCGCGCAGGUGAAUUCUGUGGUUCGCUCGGUUGAAGAGUAUCGUUGGUACGAGUGCGUGGCGCAACGUAUCCGAACGGUAUCGUUGACAAGUGACAGGUGAAUCGAUCGGGCCGCGAGGAAAGUCGCGUUGCGGCCCCGUGCCCGUAACACGGUUCGCUCGGUUGAUUGGUAGUGACUACUGUGUGUGGAACUACGUGUACAUUCGGAUUUUUCCCCACGCGGCCGAGAGUCGAGUGUGCACAGCGAGGGACAACGUAGCUAGUGUAUAUUGGUGCGCGGGGAUCCGGGGUGGCGGUGUACGCGGCAGGGAAAAGCCGCUGCUGUCUCGUUGGUUUCGCGCGCGCGAGAGAGGCCACCGGCCGACACUUUGGGCCAGGACAAGACGACCCGAUGUCGGGAGCGGGUGGUCGUCCUCGUCCUCGCGUACCCAUCUCUUUCAUAGCACCAGGACACACCUGGCGUAAAUGUGCUCUCAUGAGCGCCCAUGUGCACCUCUCUUUCUGCCUGCUGCCCUUACGUGCCCUGUAAAUCCAGAGCACACCCCGAUUAGCACGCCCACGCACUCUAUCACUCGCGAAUAUGGCCAAGAUCCUCAACAAGGACCCCGUCACCUACGAGAGGGAGAGGGACAACUUCCUUAAGGACCUCCGUCAUUUCCAUGAGACCAGAGGGACUCCGUUCAAGAAAAAUCCGAAAAUCAAUGGAAAAGAUAUAGAUCUGUACUUGUUGUACGUCGUCGUUACUGCUCAUGGCGGAUGGAUAAAGGUGAAUACCAGAAACGAGUGGGCAUCGUUAUGCGAACAAUUCCAUCUACCCAACGGCUGCGUGAACAGCGGGGUUGGCCUUAAACAAAUUUACCUCAGGUAUCUGGACAGGUAUGAGAAGGUACACUUUCUAGGAGAGGAUGGCCAACAAGCUGACGACGACGACGAGGAUUCUAGACACAGAAAGUGGUCUGCCAGGGCAUUACACUCCGUUCCUCUUACUUAUAAUCAUCAUCAACACAAUGUCGCAGAAUCUCUUCGUGAUUACAAUGGCCUUUCGUCGGACCUCUACAAGCCAUCCAACUACGAUAAACUCGCGCUGUCGCUUCUCUCGCCUCUUCCCAACGAACAAGACUUCGCCAUCAACGUGUGCACGUUGCUGUCGAACGAAGGCAAGCACAUCCUACGUCUCGACAAGUAUCCCCGUCUCGUCAACAUACUGCUGGCGCACGCCGGUAUCUUCGACUCGCCCGGCACACGGCAGCUCUUCAUCGAGGUCUAUUCUCGCGUGAGGAAUUACUCGAUCAACUCGUUCUGGUCGGACGUUCUCGACUCCCAGGACGUGAUAGAUCUUACGAACGAGAGGACGUUUAUGAAGAAACCAACCGCCAGUCCGCAGACCUUCUCCAGACGGAAAAUCUUGGAGAGAGAGAAGCAGAACAGAAACGCAGCGUCGACGGAGAACGACGAGGCUUCCACGUCGAUGGAAGUCGACGGGGUGAUACCAGACUGUCCAAGAUUGGAUCCAACCGGCUCGCAUCAAGAUGAAAUUCUGAAAGAUCAAAAUCAAAACUCCAUAAAGUUUGAAGAGGAGGACAAAGAUUUGUUUUGUGUCGGACGGACGCUCGGAACGCAGGAUCCUUAUGGUCAACGUGUGCUACAAAUAGCAUCUAUCUUACGGAAUUUAAGUUUCACUCCGGAAAACGCCGCUGUAUUAGGAAGAAAUCGAUGUUUCUUGAGAUUCGUAUUGCUCUGUGUGCGGGCAAGGUGGAGUAAUUUGCACCAACUUGGUUUCGAUAUACUAGGCAACAUAGCGAAUGAAAUAAUCUUGAAAGAAGCUGGUGAAAGGAUAACCGAUGUUGUAUUGUCGUGCGUAGCAAAGGGAAUUGAAUCCCAAGACAGGUUUAUCGUUAUUUCCUGCUUGGAGGUGCUUAACAAAAUUAGCCAACAAGACAGCAACGAAGAAAUUAUUAGGUUUGGAUUAGAAGACAAUGUAUACGAACUUAUAUGCAGGUUUUUAGCCCUGAACGACAUAGCUCUUCUGGUGUAUACCUUGGAAUGUUUGUACGCGUUGACUUCGUUAGGUGAAAGGCCAUGUACCAGUGUCGCGCGCGUACGCGGAGCUAUCGACACGUUGGUCGCUCUUGUUACCGUAGAAGCGCAAAGUUACGGUCCAAAAGCAUGCAUUCUGAUGAGGGUAAUCGAGACAGUGUCCACGGUAGCACCACCACCUAAUGCUGCUCAGAACACUCCGGUUACCGCUACUGCCCCAGCUACGACAGUGUCCUCCUCUGUACCAACCACACCGGUUACAGUCACCGCGACACCAGCUCCUGUUAGUCCAGCACCGUCGCGACCAACGACACCAGCCGCCACUGCGACAAAAUCUACGACACACAAAGCAGUGGAGACGAGUAAUUCGCUUCAACAGCAGCACGCGCAUCAACAAAUCAUACAGGAAAACGAGCAGUUCGCUCUCAGUUGGUUAAGAGCUACCUUCGAACCUGCGCUCGGCGUACGUAUAGAACAGGAAGAGUUAUACAAAAAGUAUCUCGGUUGCUGCACAAAGAUCGGUAGAAGAGGCGUUAUUGCUCCGCUUCACUUUCCACGAUGCGUUAGAUCUGUAUUUGGUGGAAGCGUCGGACCAAAUCCGUUGAAAGGUGAAACAAGCGGUACUCAGUAUUACGAAGGAAUCCGAGUACGGGCCACACCUCCCCAAGUAACUUAUCCGAGCCAAACUGCGGUUGGGACUAACACAGCUCCAAUUCCAGCAGUCAACACAACGCCAGUAAAGGUGCUUCCCGUACAACAGCGUACAAUCAAGAGUAUAAGUCCUGCUCCUGAUAGCACGGCCCUAGACAAUCCUGCAUCUGGGCCUCCAAGAACCCCUGCCCCAGCGUCACCUAUCCUAAAAGCCCAAUUGUCUGCUCCACCGAAACCACCAUCCAGUAUCUCGAACACUGCAACUCAAUCCCAAAAUCCAGUCACCAAGGUUGAUUCUAAAAGUCAGGUGUCAGUGUCGCAUCCUCACCUGAGUCAAGCGUUGCUGUCAAGUGGUUCCCAGACACAGCCUCAACCACAAGUCCAGCAAGUACAGCAACAGUGUCAAACGGUCCAGGUAGUUGCAAAGGAAGAUAAUCGAAGUGGUACCACAUCCAGUUCCAUAAUAAAAAGCCUUCUGGCUACUAAGGUAACGGUCAGCAGCGACUGCAUGCCCAGUACUGCUGCGACUUGUGUGACUACCCCUACUGCCUGUGUAACAAACACUACUGCUAGCAUCGCAUCCAGCAUCAGUGCCAACCAGCUAAUAACCAGCAACCAGGUUGCGCAACGUCAACAACAACAAAGGCUACUGCAACAACAGUUAACCAAUAUAUCGCAACCACCUACAACUACGACUAGCGUAACCACAAUACUCCCAAAGACUCCUGUCAACUCGAAGCAAAAGCCAGCUAUCACACCCAUUCCUGCCAAGAAGAUACAAAGGCUCAACGGGGCCAAAUUUAUUAUCACUAAUAAUUGUGACAAGACUGAAGUAAAUGAUAAUGAGAAUGUCAACCAAAUCGUAACAUCGACAACUUCUUCCACGGUGGUUUUGAACUCAACCGAAAAUCACAUAUCGUCAACUAUUAAAGUAUGUCGGCCUCCAACUAUAACCGUAACUACAGCAAACAAAGCGAUCCAACGUUCGACUUGUACAUCGAUCGCCGAAGAUUCAGACUCGACCAACAAUUCUUUGGCAUCCAGUAGUGGUAUCGGUGGUAGUAGGGAUUGUUCUGGUGUCGGUAUAGAGGAGGACAAUUCUUUGACGAGUUUCGAGGGAAUUCUGUUAAACGGUGCACCAAGUAAUAUGGACAUCGACGCGCAGGAAGAUGGAUCUUCGAAAGAUUCGUCUAGUGUAACGUCUAAAGAAAAACCCCUGCAAAGUAUGAUGCUCGCAGAUUUGUUAGAAAGGAAAGUUGACAAAGAGCCGAUCUUAAACGGCGUGUUAGGCAAAAAUUCAAUCAAUGACAAGGGAAUGGACUUAGUAGAAAAUCACAUUAAGAAAGUACUAAAAGAAUCUCCUACUGACAUUAAAAUAAAAUCUGAAGUAGAGGAGACGGAGGUCUCCGAGGAUACUUUGAUCGAAGCACCCAGAGGGAUAAAACGAUCUGCCAGCGAAUUAGAUGAAGUAGAUGUAAAGAAAGUAAAAUAUUCCAAUGGUACGAUGUCGCCGGAUCUUGCUGUUGAUUCGACUACCGCCGAAUCUACUGUCUCGAGUAUAAAGUCUGAAGAACAGGACGAUGAUAAAGAUAACGAGAAAGUAACCGUAUCUUCUACAGCCGCGAAUCUUUAUGCUGCUCUGGCCGCGGAUUGUAUAGAAGACGAAACGGAUCUUGACGAGAACGUUAAUGUAAGUGUUAAGGAAGAACCUAUUACUAUAAAAGAACCUAUCGCUAUAAAGGAGGAACCUGUCAACACGAUGAAAGAGGAACCUAUCACGAUAAAAGAGGAACCUCACAUAUUCGUCAAUCAGCUUAAUCAACAACCACCUCAACAGCAGCAGCCAUCGCAACAGCAACCACAGCAGCAACCGCAACAGCCACCACCACAAUCACAACACCCGCAACCACAAGUGCAACAACAACAACAACAACAGCAACAACAACAGCAGCCACAAUUGCAGCCACAACAACUUAUCGUUACAGCACCUAGGCAGAUAGUAGUACAACAAACGAUUCAACCAAAUAAUCAAGUUAUUAUACCAACCGGUCCAGUGAAAGGAAGACAGGCCCAACCGCAACCGCAAGUUUUAUUGCAACAAGGAGCAGGAGGUCAAUUACAGUACGUUGUUUCUGGCGGCGUGCCUGGUCAAAAUUACGUCCUAGCUCAACCGCAAACGACAUUGGUUCAGGGUCAAGCGCAGACUGUGUUAGUAGCUCAGACGACACAGCAGCAAGGAACUGGUGCAAAAACGAUAAUUAUUUUGCAAUCUCAAGCAGCUGCGCAGCCAACCCAACAAAAAAUGGUGGCCGUCACACCUCAGGGACAACAGGUUGUUGUUACACAAGUUUCACGUCCUAUCUUGCAAAGUCCGGCACUCGGUAAUAUACCCCCGCCUUUGGUUCCAACGUCAGGCACAAUUCCACAAACUUCUAUAAUAGUGAACAGUUCCGUGGCACAAACAAAUCCCAACACAGUGACUGUCACGAUUCCUGCAAUGGCCCAACAAACACCAGUGUCAACUAGUGUACCAUCGAGAGUGGUGACACCAACACCGGCUUCUACUCCACCCCCUACCAGACCUACCACGCCUCAUCAAGCAGCUGCAACGCAUGGAUUGCCGGCGAAACAACCUGCUAAAGUAAUGAAGACUGUCAGUUCCUCAACCUCCACAGAACCGGAAUCCAAGCCGUCUACGAGCCAGAAUCAACCAGAAAAGACCAUCACCAUCAAAAUCGAUCCUAAUGCUUAUUUGUGCGAAUGGCGGGGUUGUUUAAGGCAAUUUAAAACACCGCACGAAGUUUAUCUUCAUGUGUGUGAGGCACAUUGUCCAACUGGUGGAGAGGAAAUAUUAUGUCUUUGGGCGAGUUGCGAUGCCUUAAAAAGACGUAGAUUUUCGUUAAUGACACAUUUAUACGAUAGGCAUUGUAACGCUGAGACAAUGUCGAUAAGAAGGAAACAGUUGACGGUAACAGGCAAAACCGAAGUUUCCACGUCGACACCGUCAGCUCCUCAUCAUCCUGGGUAUGCACCGAAUGCAGCAUUCCAUGCUAUUAAACGGCACGCAUUGGAAUUUGUAAAUCCAAAGGAGUUAAUGCAAAGGCCGACCAAGCCCGCUGCAGCCACUUCAAGCUCUUCUUCCCCCAGACCUGGGCAAAAUCCUCCACCAGAACAGGAUGACAACGAAGGUCCAGUGACCAAAAGUAUUCGCUUGACAGCAGCUCUCAUUCUUAGAAACCUAGUCAUAUAUUCAACACAUGGCAGAAGGCAUCUUAGAGCGUACGAACCACAUUUGGCAGGUGUCGCAUUAAGUAAUGUCGAAUCAUCGAGAACAAUCGCACAAGUUUUGUACGAUAUGAACGAUCAAAGCAGCAGUAACCAUAGGUGACCUCUCGAACCAGGCCUCUAAAAGAAAGCUCUUUCUCGUUGCGAGCAGCGAUCAACUCGUUUAUUUUGAAUUUUAGUGUAAAGUGAGACAACAGAAAUAUGGUAGAAAGGAUGCUAAAAGUUUGCAAUUUAUUGCAAAAGAAAGGUGUGCUUGUGCGGUGUAUGGAAAAAGGGAAGAUGUAAAUGACGAAGAGGAUAUACUAGUAGAGAAGAGGAUACGGCAAUGUUCCAGAAUUAUUAAAGAGGCCUAUAAACUUACUAAGCAAAUCGAUUUGCCGAUUUAGACUAUAAUAAUGUACUGUAACUAGUUAACACGAACGAAAGACAGUAGUUGAAGUGAUUACAGAUCAGUGAUAAAAGAAAAAAAAGCAAACAAAAAACGAGAUAAUAUUUCAAAUUUAAUAUUAAUAUUUAUUUUCUCAACAAGAAGCGGAAGAAAUGUUUUUAGUAAUCGUGUACAAAAAAUGAAGGACGAAGAAAAUACUUUAUGGACGUUAUAGUUAAUUACAAUGAAUAUUAUAUUAUUAUAUUAUAUUAUUAUUAUUAUUAUUAUUAAUUAUUAUUAAUAUUAUUGUAUGUUUUUCAUAAGUCAACCACAAGAAAAUCUAGAAUGUAAAGAAAACCUUUUUAUGAAAUGUAUUUGUUAGGAAUUUAUGAUUUUGCUUAUAUAAUUGCAUAUUGCAAUUACAUGGCUAUAUUAUCGUCUCUCUUUUAUUUUAUUAUCGAGUAAUCUUAUUCUGUCAAGAUAUAACGUUGGUAAGGCAUCGCACAUAGCUUGACGAUGACGGCGUACUUCGACCGCAAGUCCAUCGUGUAUUAAAAACUCUAAGAACUUCUUCUGCUUUAAAUCGGUUUUAGCUCGGGGACUUUUAGCCACUUGUUCGACCUCUGUAUCUAACUUGAAAUCGUAAAAAGAGAUACUCUUAGUAAGAAACUUUUCUACUUUUUCGGGCAAACUGAGCGUGUCGUGUUGAAUUAUUUCCUCGAUCGUAUUAUUAUUCUCAUCUACGCAUAUUAACAUGGCCCGGUUUGUGCGAGUCAUGGAAUUCUGAGAAAUGACGAGAAGCAUCCAUAAAAUGCUGCACACACUUCGAUUCGAUCAAGUCAAGAUCAAUUAUUGCUUCCGACUUGUCCGUAUAUUAUCGAUACAGAUGUAAGUAUAUUUAUACUUGGAACUUAGAAAGGCCUAAAUGUUCUUAAAGCCAGUGUUUUUCAAAUUUUCAGCACUAAAGAAAGAAUGGCUGGGUGUGAAGAAACUAAAAAAGCACUUUCCAAUCAAGGCAGUUUGCCAAUAAUUAAAGAAUUUAAAGAUCUUAAGUACUUUACAAUAAUGACAAAUGGACAAAUAGAACGAUCAUAUGUAACAAUUUUAUUUUAAUUCCAACGAACAUUACGAAUUGAACGUCGUUCGGAAAUCAAAAGUUUCGGAGCAAACAUUCUGUUCUAUAUAUUUAUUUAUUUUUCCUUUCUUUUUAAAUAAGAAUUUAUUGUUUUAGAUAAAAGUGACAAAAGUUUCAACGGUACGAUACUUUCAUUUGAAAUUCUGAUACGAUGCUUCUAUGAAUUUGCAAGCGAUUACUUUAGGCGCGAGUGUUUCUCGUGGCGCGUGAUUAACAAAGCAUUUUGUUCUUGUCCAAAAUUUUAAUGAAAUAUUAUCGACUUCUUUGUAUCAUAAGCUGUAUAAAAAAGAUGAGGUAACGGAAGUAAGUGUACCAUGAAAUGGUAAUUUUAGUUGUUUUGCGAGAUCGAGAGAGUAAAAGCGACUACAUUUUUCUAUUUGGAAAAGUUAGUUAUAUUCGUUGGGAUGUGUUGUAAUUUAAACGAGAAAAAAAAGAUGUCUGUUUUGUUUCUCAAACGUUGAAAAGAAGAAAUUAAACGAAAAAAAAAAAUAUAUAUAUGUAUAUAUAUGUAUAUAUAUAUAUAUUUUUUUUACGUUAUCAGACGCGACAAUGAAGAUCGUGCGAAUAGGUUUGCAUUUACAAGUCAUCGAGUUACCCAGCUAUCUAGGCGGGAUCCGCGAAUAAAAAAGUUAUUGGACGAUCGUAUUCGAAUAACGUCCACAAGAAAUAAAGUAUAUAUGUAUAAUUAUAAAUAUUUGUACAUAAUACCUGUAUUUCAUUCAUGAUGUUGCGAGUUCUGUGUAAAUUUUUCUUAAAGGUGUAAGAUUAAAUGUCUGGCGAAGCGAAGUGAGGAAGAAUUUUUGUAUUAUAGUAGGAUUAUGACAAGACGUAGGGAGUUGCAAGGUACAUAAGAGAAAUUUUUGUAAUUACCGAAUCGAUAUACAGCGGACGCUGAGAAGAGAAAACUGGCUGGCACCGAUUGUAACGAAGAAAGAAACUGAUAAUUUAAAUAUCGUGAAUUGUAAAACGAUGAAUACAUUGUGCGAGCCUCUGUUAUGUAUUUUAUAUAUAGAUUAUACAUAUUAUAUAUAUAUAUAAAAUACAUAUAAUUAUAUAUAUAUAUAAAAUAUAUAUUAUAUUAUAUAUAUUAUAUAUAUUAUAUAUAUUAUAUAUGUAUAUAUACAUACAUACAUAAAUCAAAUUGAAUAGCUGAACGUUUAGAAGAGAAAUCUUAUGAGAGGCUUUUUAUUUUUAUUAUUUGUAAUUACCUAGUUUACAUGUUCACCGUUUCGUACGAUCAUCGAGAUCAUAACAAUAUGUGUAAAGGAAUAAAAGAAUGAUAUAAUAAAUUACUAAAUACAAAAGGAAAAAAUCGUUGAAAUUAAA